AUGCCAAUGUUGAGGUACCCCAUUUCGGUCGUGAGCUCUGCGCGCCCGUCGCGACCCGCCUCCCCAGUGCCGGCUGGACCCCCGCCUGACGCGAGCCUCGACCAGAUCACGCGCCCCAGUUUCUCGUCAGAGGCGCAGCUCCACCUCGCCUACGCCACUGACCACGGCGUCCUCCCCCCAACGGCUGUCAGCGGGUUGCCGCUAGGAACAACGCCGGAGGCACUCGCGUACGCAGCCGCACACGGCGUGUUCCCCAACGAAGCAGCGGGACCGAGCCGCAUGGGAGUCGCCCAGAGCCAAAUGGCCCAAAGCCAAUUGGGCGGGCGCAGCGCGGCCAUCCGCAAUGUCGACAGUUACUCGAGUUUCCCCAGUGUGUCCAGCGCUCCGUCGUCGAACGCGAUGAGCCGCUCCCAAUCGACGAUGAGCACAAACUCGACGCCGGCUCCCUCCGGGUCAGGCCAUGGGUCCCAGUCUCACCCACAUAGCAGCGCGAACCCGCUCGUGAUCAAGCUCGACUCGGACCACCUCGUCCUCCGCGGGCAGGGCGGUGAUAUGGCGCCAGCGUACCUCUCUGGCUACGUGAGCCUGUGGCUCGCAGAAAGUACAAACAUCAAGGACAUUGUGAUGAACCUCAGCGGCAAGGCCAAGGUCCACUUUUCUGAUUCCACCACCCACAACUACACGCAUAACAUCCUCUCGCACGACUGGUCGUUCCUCAAGGGCAACAAGCGACACGCACACGCGCUCAAGGCCGGGCUACACACCUUUCCCUUCUCCUUCACUAUCGACGGGAACCUCCCCUCCUCCUUGGUGUCGUUUACUGGGGAUGGCGACAUUUCUUACCGGCUGCGCGCGACCGUGAUCCGCUCUGGCCUCGCUUUCAACUUGAACGCAUACCGCAACUUCAACGUUGUGCGAACGUUCACACCCGAGGCGCUUGAGUUCAACCAGACACUCGAGAUCGAGAACACAUGGCCCGGCAAGAUCAUGUACUCGAUCACGAUGCCGUUCAAGGCGUACGCGGCAGGUGACUCGAUCCCGGUACUGCUCAAGUUUAUGCCAGUCGCCAAGGGAGUGCGAGUGAUCAACAUUACGUCUGUGAUCAAGGAGUACUCGCUGGUGAACACGCGCGGUUCAUCACAUCCAGAGACGCGCGCAACUAUAUCGGUCAAGCACGAUAUUGUGAACGGACGACCUAAGCUUGUCGAGCGUGAGAUCAUGCGCCCACCGUACCACUGGAGCGGGUUAUCUGCGGCUGCGUGGCGGCCAGAGCUGUUGGAGAUCGUCCCUGGCGACAACCGGUCAGCGGCAUCUACGACACGAAACUCGGCAGAGGGCUCAAGCCAGCACGAAGUGACGACGGAGGAGGUGCUGGAAGACCUGACGCGUGGUGAUGACGAGCUGAGCCUUAAGGUGAUGAUCCCCAUCCCGCCAUGGACGACGCCAACGCACACCAUCAAGCCAGUGUACGUGACACACAAGAUCAAGUGGUCGUGCUCGCUCGCCAACGCCGAUGGGCACACCUCGGAACUGCGGUGCGCACUGCCCAUCUGCAUUCUCGACAACUCGAUGUUGAACGAGGCUAGAAUGAACGGCGCGCCGGCGCGCAACCUUCUGCUGGGCAUUGACGCGGAGGAUUCGUCGCAGCAUGUCGACCUGCCGAGCUACAGCAACCACGUGUACGACCGUGUGGCUGUUGCGGAUGCUGGCGGGUCUGGUUUUGCGGGCGCCGGCUCAUCUGGCAUCUCGAUGCGGAGUACGCCGAACGUGACACCACCGCACUCGAGACCCGGAUCUCCAUCGCAUGGUCGUAGCAGCAACCGACCGCGCGGCAGUAGCGACGCCGACGACCUUCCACCGCGUCGUCAACUCUCGGACGCUGAACACGCAAUGUUCCGAGGCUUGGGAAUAGGGAGUGGCCCGCCGAGUGCUACCUCGGAGUCUCCACAGGAGCUCAGCGCGAGCGGGAGUCGGUUCGCGAGUAUCAUGGGGUCACGGGUGGCCAGCCGGCCGACCAGUCGACAGGGAAGUCGGGCAGGCUCGCGGGCCGGGUCACGCGCGUCCUCACCUGACCGCAACCACGGGAGCGACGACACGCAAACUGAGCGGCGGGGCCUGGCGGGUCUUCUGCACAUGAAGCCGCUGAGUGUUUUGGGCUCCAAGAGUCCGAUCCUGCGCAACGGCCACGCAGCGUACAGCGGCACCAGUUCGCCAGUCUUGGGCGCCGGAACACGCAGUGCCGUCAGCUUUGCUGAACUCCCUGCGCCAGCUCUGAGCGACAGACUAUCCAACUUGGAGCACCGCAGAGCCGAGCGUAGAUUCCACGUUGCGGACGACGACGAGGAGCUUUCGAUUGUCGACGAGACGACGGCGGCACUCUCCCGCGUCCCGAGCUACACGGACGAGAGCGGGACGCAGUUUGUGGUUCCGCUCGACCCGAAUCUGCCGAGCUAUGUGGACAGCGAGCGGCAGAUGGAGCGGGCGCGGAGUGCGUCGGAUCUCGCUGGCGGCCUGACCGAGUUGGACCUCGCGCAGCGGACGCCGCGGCCGCCGCUGCGCCAAGUCAGUGAUGAGUAA